AUGUACAUACGAGUGGGUAUUAGGAGGGGAUGUCAAACUUUUUAAGGAGAGGGAACGCGAGUUUUAAACGGCAGCUCAGGGAUUCAGAUGCAAUUAACUCUCAAGUCAUAAUUAGUUUUUUAUCUCUUUAAAUAAUGAAGGCAUUUUUUUUUUAUGUUAUGUAUAUAUUUAAUAUAUGCUAAUAAUUUUACAGACAGUAUUUUAAAAAUGUUAUGCAGAAAAAUAAAAUUUAUUUUUUACUCAAGUAGAAAUCCCCCGAGUGGGAAAUAUUUUUCGCGAAAAUUAAUAAAGAUAAACUUUUUUAACUACAGAGAAAAAUGACUAAUUACGUAAGCGUUUUUAUUUUUUAAAUAAAUAUCUGCAGUGAUAGAUAAAUAAUUUUUUUGUCUGCACUUUUGUAAAGAAAAUAUUUAAAUUUGAAUUUAAAUAAACUCUGUUUAAAAUUUAUAAAAAAAUGGCGGCAAUUUAUAAAUAAUUAUUUGAAUAACUAAAAUAUAAAAGUUAAGAGCUUAAGGUCAAAUUCUAAAACUAAAGAUUAAAUAAUUUUAUAUAUAAAACAUCCAGUUGUCUUAGAAUUAAUAAAACUCUUAUCUCGUUAUCAAAAUAAUUGAAGACAAUGAUAAGAGUUAUGUCGAAAAAAUUUACCGCAGAGAAAGUUCGAGUUAAUAAAUUAAAUAAUAAAAGAAAAAAGAGAAAAAAAAACUAAAUAAAGCGAUCAAAGUACUAGGAGUCAAUUGGAAUUAAUCGAGGCUGAUUCACAGUUGGACAACAAAUUUAUUGAGUUGCUCGAAAUUACUCUACACUUACAAACAUCCCCUUGAUUAUCUGGUGCGAGAUCGACAUUCUUCACGUCCCCUCUUCUUUAUACUAAAUACCAAAUGGAGUUGAGGAAUUCAAUAUUAUACGCCGUCAUCUCGUGGUUCGCAUACUUUUGUGUGCUCUACUUUCAGUCUAUUGUCGAAUGCUCACAUUUUAUUAUUCUAGUCGAGCCAACAAAGGAGGUCAUACAAUUUGAAAUUCAUUUUACUGCUGAAGACCGCGCGUGGUUCGCUAUAGGAUUUUCAGACCGUGGAGAAAUAACGCCUGCUGAUUAUUGCAUUUUAUGGAGUGAUUGGCAUCUUAAAGUUCACUUUCAAGAUGCAUGGUCAGACGAAAAAGGAACAAUUGAAGUUGAUGACCACCAAGACUGCAAAGAUUUUGUUUGGAAGCGAUCAAAUGUCGGGAACAUGACGAAAUUUUCAUUUACUCGUAAAUUUGACACAUGCGACGAUAGCGAUUAUAUUAUCGAGAGAGGAACCACCCACAUUGUUUGGUCUAAAGGUACCGGACCGCUUUCAUCUCUCAACGGAUUGAAUGUCGUCAACAACGCAAUCUCCUCGGGAAUGUCACGGACUGAAUUACUUCGUAUGGUGGCUUAUCAGCGGCCCAAAUUCCCCCCAGACACUUGGAAGUACCAGUUGCUAGCCGACCAUGUGAAUAUUCCUGAUGUAGAAACCACUUAUUGGUGUCGGGUUGAGAAACUUCCCAAAGCUCUCAGGCAAAAGCAUCAUGUCCUGCAAUUCGGACCAGUGAUACAAAGUGGCAAUGAACACUUGGUCCAUCAUAUGGAAGUAUUUCAUUGCGCUGGAGCACCAAAUUCUAUUAUCCCUUUUUACAAUGGCCCUUGUGACGCUAAAGAUCGUCCUCAGGCAACUCAGGUCUGCAAAAAAGUAUUGGCGGCAUGGGCAAUGGGCGCGGAUGCGUUCAUUUAUCCAAAGGAAGCUGGUCUGUCAGUUGGCGGGGAACUUUUCAAUCAGUAUAUAAUGCUGGAGGUUCAUUACAAUAACCCGGAACGCAUCAAGGGGACAGUUGACUCCUCAGGAAUUGAAUUUUAUCUCACUAAGACACUGAGGAAAUAUGACGCGGGUGUUAUUGAACUUGGGCUUGAGUAUACCGAUAAAAUGGCCAUUCCCCCUCAUCAAGAAUUAUUUGAAUUAUCUGGACACUGUGUAACAGAAUGUACUGGCAUUGGACUACCACAAAACGGUAUCUUUGUAUUUGGAUCACAACUACAUACUCAUUUAACUGGGACAGCAGUACGUACACGUCAUAUACGUGACGGUAAUGAAUUAUCACCGCUUAAUUAUGACAAUCAUUACUCAACACAUUUUCAAGAGAUAAGAUUACUUCCUGAACCAGUACACAUCUUACCGGGCGACUCGCUGAUUACCACCUGCACUUACAAUACCAUGGAAAGAAGCAACGUGACCCUCGGUGGAUUCGCUAUUUCUGAUGAAAUGUGCGUUAAUUACAUCCAUUACUAUCCUAACGCGAGAUUAGAAGUUUGCAAAAGUGCAAUCAGUGACGACGCGCUGCGCACUUACUUCAGAUAUAUGAGAGAAUGGGAAAAUCAGAAGACAGAUUUUGAUGCUGCUGUGUCUAGUAGCUACCAAAAUAUUGAAUGGACAAAAGUACGCAUUGCAGCUCUGCAUGAUCUAUAUCAAGCCGCACCUCUAGGAAUGCAAUGUAAUGGCUCAGAUGGAUCACGUUUACCUGGACUUUGGAACAAUGUUGCUGCUACUCAAGUUAAAUUACCUCUUGCUCCGCCUGCUAGAGAUUGUCAGUCUUUGGUUAAUAAUUACAUUGAUCUUGAUGGUUUUAUGUAAUUUUUAAUUAUUCAGUCAUUAUUUUUAAAAUUGAGGCAGAGAUUUUUAAAAGGACCCAUAGCUUUUAAAAAAUCAAAAGUUAGUUUUUUAAUUAGACCUUAAAAUCGUCUGUCCAUCUUACAGCAAUAGAUAAAUUAAAUUAUUAGUUUCAAUGAAAAAUUUCACUAGAGGAAUUCGGAAUCAUUCAAAGUUAAUACUUUUUUUAAAUUUUAGGUCGUCUUCCAUCUUACGGCGGUAAAUAAUUUGAAUUUAAAAAUAAUUAUUUUCAUUACUUUGAAGACAUUCAAAUCAUGUGUUUUAGACCCUUAAGAUUUCGCCCAUCUUACGGCAAUAAAUUAAUUCUCUGAUUAUCUUUCAGUAAAUUAUUAAUUAUUUAGAUUAAUUUGAUGGCAUUCAAAAUUAGUACUUCAGUUAGACCUCCAAGAUGCCAUCCAUCUUACGGCAAUAACAAAAAAUAUUAUUUAUCAAAAGCUAGUGGUCCUCGUAAAAAUUUGAAAUAUUAAAACUCAUUACUUAAGAAUAAAAAAAAUCUAAUUAAUAA